CGGCCGAUAGCUUGUUCAUCUGCUGGAAGCAGACAACGAGGAGAUGUGCCACCAGCAGCAGAACAACGUUGUAGGAAUCGCAAUACCAUCAAAAUUGUUCCACUCCAUAAAAUCAAGAACCCAAAUAAGCUAGAAGGCCAUCUCUCCACAGUAGGUUACCAAAGACGGCAAGAAGAACUUCUAGCACAGACGGAUCAUUGCAAGCUUGUUACAUCUGAAGCGGCGUAUCACUGCAAAGUGCAGGGAGAUAUCGCUCACAGGAGAUUAGUCGGCGGAUUUGCUACAAGGCGGAGACGAGAACGAGCUAGUAUCGUGGUCACCGUUGAGGAAGGAGAUGGAGAUAACAAAAGAGAUGAGGUAACCACGAUAGCUCUUUCUGAAACUGCAUCUUCCGUCCUCGCAGCUAAGUUAGGUCUAGCAUGUGCGUAUCGGGCCCGUGCAAAACGACAUGGAGUUCAAGAUCAUACAAAUCGGAAAAAAACUCAUGCUCCUGAUCAUGGAUCGUCGAUGACUAGUAUUGAACCGGAAAGAGAACCUGAAAUACCACUGCGGACGCAUAAAAGCGGGCUGCACAUACUUGUUGACGCCGUCCACGACACACCCGCUACAACUGAGGUAAAAAACGACGAGGGCGAGUAUGAUUUUCAUCAAGGAGAGGGGACAUCACCUGAAAAAGAAGAUGAUAUACACUUAGCGAUUAAUGACAAUGAGGACCAGCAUGAGGGCCGGACUACACCGAGCCAUCUUCUUUUCUACGAUAUGCUCGAAAAUUAUGACUGAAGAAGCUUCUUUGAACCGUGAAGAUGCCAAUCAUCUUCAACAACAAGUUUAUUCCGAUAGUAAGUAGUGUCAUCAAUUUCAAAAAUCAUCAUGAACCUAUAAUAUAUAUAAAUACACUAUGCACGCCUGCUGAGACAAAAAGAGAUUGAACCACUCCUCCACAAGGACAAUACAAUGUUUCUAUAUGCAUCUUCGAAGG